UCCUCUAUUCACUCUCCUCGCCGGCGGGAGACCGUAAGAAAUGUCAAUGGCGUGCUCAUCGUCUCUAUCUUCCCAAAUAUACUUUCGCGAAACCCACAAUUCAUACCCUAAAUUCUCUCAAUCCAAGCUAAACUAUCCAAAACGCAGACCCUUAACGAUUUCCGCAGUCACAGACGUCGCCGCCGCUGUUCCGUUGGACGGAACAACUCUAGCGGUUGUUGGUGGAGGUUCCGUGGCCGCACUAGCCGCAAUUUUGUCCCUAUCAGAUCCAGAGAAGCGUCGGCAACUUCAGGCGGAGGAAGUCGGUGGUGGGGAUAAGGAGGUAGUGAAAGAGUAUUUCAAUAAUACUGGGUUUCAGAGAUGGAAGAAGAUAUAUGGGGAGACUGAUGAUGUGAACAGAGUUCAACUUGAUAUACGUUUAGGUCAUUCGAAGACUGUCGAGAAUACUAUUAUGAUGUUGACUGAUGAAGGGUCUUUACAAGGUGUAACUGUGUGUGACGCUGGAUGUGGAACUGGUUCGUUGUCAAUUCCGCUUGCUAAGCUUGGCGCCGUUGUUUUGUCUAGUGAUAUUUCGGCUGCUAUGGUUGCUGAAGCUGAAAGAAAGGCAAAAGAGGAGCUUGUAGACAGCAGCCAAGACAGUCUUUCAGUAGCUCCGGUUCUUCCAAAAUUUCAAGUGAAGGAUUUGGAGAGCUUAGAUGGGAAAUAUGACACAGUGGUGUGUUUGGAUGUAUUAAUACACUAUCCACAAAACAAAGCAGACGGAAUGAUUGCUCAUCUUGCUUCAUUAGCAGAGAAUCGGUUAAUCCUAAGCUUUGCACCAAAAACGUAUUAUUAUGCUUUGUUGAAAAGGAUUGGAGAAUUGUUCCCUGGACCUUCUAAGGCAACUAGGGCUUAUCUUCAUUCAGAGGCUGAUGUUGAAGCAGCAUUGAAGAAGGUAGGAUGGAAAAUAAGGAAGAAAGGCUUAAUCACUACACAAUUUUAUUUUGCAAGGCUAGUUGAGGCUGUUCCUGUUUCUACUGCUGGUUAGUUAUUGAAGGAUGUGGCACAAACUCACUAAUUUGCAGUUUCAUGAAAUCAUGUUUGUAGAAUCGUGCUAGAUAUAGGUAUGUUAUGUAGUUAAAUUUUUGCUGUAAGAAUGACCAGAAUUCUCACUUUCCACUAUCCUUUGUUUUGAAUAGUCGGUUGUGUUUGUAUUGUUUGA